AUGCUACAAUACGAGUUCAACACAGACCCCGUUGCGGACGAGGAAGCCAUCAUCGCCGGGACCAACUACCGCUUCACCGUCAUCAACGAUUUCGUCAUCCGCUAUGAGUGGGCAGAAGACGGAGUCUUUGAAGAUCGCGCUUCGACCUUCGCCAUCAACCGGCGAUUUCCUCGCCAGCACAAACCUCUGAUCAGAGACACGGAGAGCCAGCUCGAGAUCAUCACGCCAACCAUCCACGUUACGUAUGACAAGAAACGCUUCAGCCCCAACGGGCUGGUCAUCGAGGCCAUUCAUGAGACAACGCUGUGGGAGACCACAUGGCGGUACGGAGAAACGCCAGUUUCCAAUCUAGGGGGGACGGCGCGGACUCUGGAUGGGGUCGACGGCCGCUGCGACAUGGGAUCGGGAGUCCUGUCCCGGGUAGGCUUCUCCGUCUUCGACGACAGCGACAGCAUGCUCUUCGACGGCGCGGGGUUCGUGGCUCCCCGAAGACCCGGCGAUCGAGUCGACGGCUACCUGUUCUCUUUCGGGAGCGAUUUCCAGGGCGCCAUGAGGGCCUUCUUCGCCAUCUCGGGACACACGCCUCGCCUGCCUCGCUGGUCCCUGGGAAACUGGUGGAGCCGCUACCACAAAUAUACGGCCAAAUCCUAUCUCGAUCUGAUGGACAGGUUCCGCGAUCAGGAGAUUCCGUUGUCCGUCGCCGUUCUCGACAUGGACUGGCACCUGGUCGGCGCCGACGAGGUGCCGCACUCCGGCUGGACUGGGUAUACUUGGGACAAAAAGCUGUUCCCGGACCCGGAAGGGUUUACUGCAGCCCUGCAUGAGAGAGGCCUCAAGAUCACUCUGAAUGACCAUCCUCACUUGGGUGUUGGCUCCUACGAGGACCAUUACGAAGAGAUGGCGAAGCACAUGGGCCACGAUACAUCCCAGGGGAAGACACCGAUUCUCUUCGACCCGGCCAACCCCAAGUUCAUGCACGGAUUCUUCAACAUCCUCCAUCGAGGCUUGGAGAAGAAGGGCUGUGACUUUUGGUGGAUGGACUGGCAGCAGGGCCCCCACUCCAAGGUCCCCGGUCUCGGUCCCCUCUGGCUGCUCAACCACUUCCAGUUCCUCGACCAGAAGCAGCAGGCCGGCGAGCACCAGGCGCUCAACUUCUCCCGCUACGCCGGCCCCGGCAGCCACCGGUACCCCGUCGGGUUCUCGGGAGACGCCCUCGUGACCUGGGACUCGCUGCGCUUCCAGCCCGAGUUCACGGCCACCGCCUCCAACGUCGGCUACGGCUGGUGGUCGCACGACAUCGGCGGCCACAUGUUUGGCUACCGCGACGACGAGCUCUUCGCCCGGUGGGUGCAGCUCGGGGUCUUCUCUCCCAUCCUGCGCCUGCAUUCCGCCGACACGCCCUGGGGUUCCAAGGAGCCCUGGCUGUACGGGUCUGAUGCGGAACGCGUCGCCACCUCCUUCAUGCGCUUUCGCCACCGGCUGGUCCCCUACCUCCACACGCUCAACUGGCGGUUCGCCACGCUUGAUGAGCCGCUCGUCGAGCCGCUUUACUGGAAGUUCCCGAAGCGACAGGAGGCGUUCAACUACCCGAACCAGUACUUCUUCGGCCCUUCGCUCACCGUCGCUCCCAUCGUGGACCCGACUGACCGUCAGACGAGGCACGCGCCCGUCAAGGUGUGGCUUCCUCCCGUUGCCGCUCGGUACAUCGACAUUUUCACAGGGACCGUGUACGACGGCGACAGAGAGCUUCAGAUGUGGCGGCCGCUGAGCCAGGUCCCCGCGCUCGCACCGGAGGGCUCCAUCAUCCCCCUCGACGGUCAUCGGAAGCCGGCCAACGGGUGCGAGAAUCCGACCUCGCUUGAGCUUCUCGUCGUAGUAGGACGCGAUGGCAAGUUUGAGAUCGUCGAAGAUUCGGCCGAUGACACCGACUUCAAGCCGGGCGACAGCAGCUUCGAGCGCACGACGACUGUCGAAUGGAACCAGGCGGAAGGCCGUCUGAGAAUCGACAGGGCCGCGGGGCGAGACUGGAUCGUGCGGUUCUUGGGCGUGGAAGCUGCCGGAACUAAGGAGAUUAAUGUCAGAGUGAACGGUGUUGAUGAUGCGAGAGCAUACUAUGCGCCGGCUGACGACUUGGCACCUGGGCAAGUUGUGAAGGUAAACAAGGAGGAGGUCGGCGGUGACGGUGCACUUACGCUCCAGCUCCCUGCUCCCCAGCUUCCUCGGAUUGACCAUACGGACAAGUUCCGGGCACUGCUCUUGGAUUUCCAGAUUGAGUUCGCCCACAAAGACAAGAUAUUUGGCAUCUUGACCUCUUCAAAGCCUACCGGUGUCAAGAUUGGCGAGCUUCUUGGGGUGAGCUGCGCAGAGUCGAUCAAGGGGCCGCUGAUGGAACUUCUGUUGGCGGAUAGCCGGACGGCCUAG